GUUGUCAAUAAUAUUUGUCGCCGCAGGGCGCUUCUACUCAUAGUUUAAUAUCCUUGCUGUGAAAAUUUUGUAAAACCAAAAUUAAAAUCGAAAAAGUACAAUAAAUAAAAUGAAGAUAUAUUAAACUAACUAUUAACAGUUUCAUUAGUGAACGAAAAUAAAAACGCAUGUUUGUGGCUAAAAACAAAGAAAAUAAUUUUCAAUUGAUACUAACAAACACCUUUCGAUAAGCAGUGACUCAGUGAGACACUUAAGAAGGGUAUACUAUUGUUAUUGUCAGUUGGUUAGUGGAGUGGGAGAAGAAAAAUGCCAAGCAGUUUAUUAUUUGCCACCAGUAGUGAAGGCAGAGUUUAUACUUUGUCUACUAGUUCAGCAGCAUGGCGGGAAUUUCCUUAUACUGGUUUGGAAUUCAAGAAAAUUUCUGCUGUCUCCAAUUUUAUGUGGGCCAUUGGUGGGGACCGUCAGGUGUAUGUUCAUGUCCAUGGUCUCGAUGUUCCCAUACGGGUUAAAGAGGAGGCAUACGAAAAUGAGAGAUGGCUGCCCAUAGAGGGAUUUUCGAAAAAGUUAUUGCCAACCGAUCGUUACAAGUUUUCCUCGUCUGAUGGUCAGCAGGAUAGGACAAUAGAAAAGAUACGUUUACCUUCGAUGGCCUGGCAGUGGGAUGGUGAUUGGCAUUUGGAGUUAGAUUUGGAUGGCCAACCUUUGGCCGAAGAUGGUUGGAUGUAUGCUUUAGAUUUUCCAGCCACCUACUCGGUGAAAAAGUCUUGGAAUUCAUAUGUGAGACGUAGGAAAUGGGUGAGAUUUCGCCGUUACAGUGCUUUGAAUUGUUGGUGUGCUGUGGCUCCAUUACACAAGGAUCCCACACAAGAACCAUUUAUAGACGUGGCCGUAGGCGGAACAAAUGUGCCAAAUGCUUCAACAGGGACUCUAGUGGUGUGGGCUAUUACAGCACAUGGCAGGGCCAUGUUCCGGGGCGGGGUGUCAAAUUCAGCCCCCGAAGGUUUACGCUGGACCACUAUUUCUACCCCGGUGGGCAGUGAAUUGUCUCAGCUAAGUGUUGGUCCCACGGGCCUAGUUUGGGCAGUACUUUUCAAUGGACGUGUCAUAGUAAGAUCGGGAGUUACACGUGAUAAUUUAUCAGGCAGUUCCUGGUUAGACGUCAAACCUCCCAUACAUGCCAAUGGCUCGGAUUCAACAAAUACUUUGAAAAUUGUUCAGGUAUCGGUGGGCACCAAUGCCGUUUGGUGUGUUUGCAAUGACUGCAGUGUUUGGUUUAGGCGGGGUAUUAAUGGUGAAGCAUCAGGGGUAAGCGAGGAUGCCGCCAUUGGUAGCGGUUGGGUGGAAAUGAUAGGCAACAUAUCUAUGGUUUCGGUAGCCGCUAAUGAUCAGGUUUUCGCCAUUGGUUCUGCUGAUCGUGCUCUCUACUAUAGAUCUGGAGUCACAACUUCUGAUCCAACUGGAAAAAAAUGGCGUCAAAUACAACUGCCUAUGCAAAUAAGUCGUACCUCUAGUUCCAUGUCUAUAGUAUCACGUAAAAGUGGUAGUUCUUCCACGCCCGGCUCAAAACAACAAAGUUUUUCAAAUCUCUACAGCAAGGAGAAAGAAAAGGGAGUGGUAGAGACAUGUGCUCCCAUAGAAACUGUAGUAGCGCCCAGUAAUGGUGGCUGUAGCUCAAGUAAUGGUGGUGCACAUCCGCCACGUUUUAAAUCUGAACUUUUCCGUUAUUAUACAGAGUCACCACCCAAUGUGGGCAGCCUAAAUUUGAAUGAACGUCAUAAAAAGCGUACAACUAUUCUAAGAGAACCCACUCAUGCCUCAAGUGCACCAGCCACAGAAGUGGCAGAGGUAUCAGGUAAAUCAUAUGAGGCUCAAUUGAAAAAUCCCAGAGCUUGGUCUCCAGUACGUAGUGUAGGUUCUAUGGUGGGUACCGAAGCACAUCCUGAAAGUGAUUCAGCAGUAUUUGAGUCAGAUUCUAUACAUCAUGGCUCAGACGCUUUCCUAGGAGAAGAUGAUGAUCAUGCGGGUUCUCAGUUCUGGACAGAAUGUGAGGUUAUGUGGUCUUAUAUAGCUGCUGGCGCAGUUACUGUAGAUCCCAACAAUAUACCGAAUUGGUUUAACGAACAGCUAUCACCUGAUGGCCGUCUUGAUAUUGAUGCCAAUUGGCGCAAAGAUAUUUUAGAAAAAUUACAAGAGCGUCAAGAUAAAGUCAAUAAAAUACCCAAUCUCUCAAAAUAUGAAAAAGCUAUAGAACUUUCCUCUUGGAUUAAAUCGGCCGAGGCCCGUUAUCAACGACCAAAUAGUUUAGAAUUUGAAGAUUGUCUCAUAGAAUUAGAAUGGGUUAGUGGCAAUUCCGCCUCUACGCCCACCACACAAAAUCCUACAACACAAAAAGAUUCCGAUUCUGGUACAUUCACGGUACUACAUCCCGAUGGUGUUACCACCAAAAUACAAUUUUCUCUCUCAGCCAUAACGUGUGUACAGUGUUGCAGUGAACCAGCCUCACCACGUCUAGCCAUACAUGCUCCCUGUUUGCCCUCGAACUGUUCACCGGUACGUCUGCAGUUUGGCAGUGAUGCCGAAAUGGAAGAUUGGUUGUCUCAUCUCACGUCGGUUUGCUGUCAAAUCAAUGAGGUUAUGGGUAGACCAGCAAAUAAUUCCAUUUGGACUACUACCGAUUUAGGUGAUGUUUUUGUUUUUGAUCCAUGCAAUAUGAAAGCACAACAAUUGGAUACAGUGGGAAAUUGUUAUAGACAGGAAAUGGAUGUCAGUACCAUGGAAACGCCCUACUAUAAUACUUUGUACAAUGGUAUGCCUCGCGGUUCAGAAUUAGAAAUAACGGGUUGUGUUUAUGAUGAUGCCGAUCAAAUACGUUUCGAUUUACAAUGUCAUCCUACUAUUAAAAUGGGUGUUAAGGUUGAGAAGUUUCGUGUGAUUGCCAUGCAUAUUAAUCCAAGAUUUAAUGAAAAAACCAUCGUUCUCAAUACCAUGGAAAAUUCCGAAUGGCAAGAUGAAACACGCUAUGACAAAAUGGUAUUUGCUCCCGGUGAAAGAUUCAAUCUCAAAAUCAAAGCUUUGGAAAACCACUAUACCAUCUUUGUAAAUAAUGUUUAUUUUGUAGACUAUAAAUAUCGCGUAGAUCCCGACUCCAUAACAUGUCUUUAUGUCAGCGGUCGCGUGAAACUAUUCAAUGUAGUCUAUCGUUGCCCUUCGGUUAUUGUUAAUCUACAGCAAAUGUUUUGGCGUCAAAUUGGUGGACAUAUUAAAAAGGUAUUCACUUGUUCGGCGGGCAUAGUAUGGGGCAUGACUUGUGACAAUACAGCCUGGGUGUAUAAUAAUGGUUGGGGUGGUAAUUUCCUUAAGGGCUUAGAGGGCAGCACGGGUAAAAUCAAUAAUAUGGUGGAUACCCACAACUACUAUGUCUACGAAAAUCAACGCUGGAAUCCCAUAAGUGGUUUUACCACCAAAAGUCUGCCAACCGAUCGUUUUAUGUGGAGUGAUGCUUCAGGACGACAGAAACGUAGCAAGGAACAUACAAAACUUUUGUCUUCACACUAUGAAUGGAUUUCAGAUUGGGUUAUUGACUACAAUAUACCGAAUGGUUGUGAUAAGGAGGGUUGGCAAUAUGCCAUUGACUUCCCCACCGCUUAUCAUGCUCAAAAACGUAUAACCGAUUGUGUGCGACGUCGUAGAUGGAUGAAAAAAUGUCGUUUGGUUACCAGUGGUCCGUGGCAGGAGUUGAGUCAUUCUAAAAUACUCGAUGCAGCUUUACAAGUAUUACACUAUAAUAAUAACGAUGAUAGUGCUUAUGAUGAGUCGGAGGAAAUACCCAUUAGUGCCUGGGCUAUUGCCUCAAAUGGUGAUGUACUCAUUAGACAUGGUGUAACUUCUCUCAAUCCCAAGGGUGACAACUGGGAACAUAUAGCCAGUGAACAGCCUUUAAUUGGUAUAGGAGUAACGCCCUCGGGUCAAGUAUGGGUGGUGGGUAAAAAUGGUACCAUUUUCUAUCGUUAUGGUAUAACGCAACAUAAUCCUUUGGGUGACGCCUGGCAAACUAUUGAAGCCCCGGUGGGUGUUAAAUUUAAGGCCAUUUCUGUAGGCCAAGCAGGCAUUUGGGCCUUGGACUGCAGCAAUCGUUUGGCCGUACGCAAGGAGAUAACAAAAACCUUCCCUGAAGGUUCACAUUGGCAGUUUUUAACAAAUAUGCCAAAUAUAGCACCUCACACCGACACCCAUAUUGGUUUCAAAUCUGUCUCGGUAGGCUCUGAAGUCUGGGCGGUGGCUUUGAAUGGUGUGAUCUGCAAACGUUGUGGUAUUAGCAAAGAUAAUCCAGCUGGUUCGGGCUGGAAUAUAGGCAUUCCUGGUCAAUGGCAGCAUUUAAGUGUAGCUAGCUUUUCUUAAGGCCAAAGUAUUUUUUGUUUUAUUUUUAAAUUACUUUCCUAGCUAUUUUUUGUUGUGUUUUUUUAGUAGUAUAUUAUUAUUUAAUUUUUAUUUUGUUAAUUAGUAUUUAUAUUUAGACUGCUUAAAUUUCUAAGAUCUUAAAGUUCUUAUUAUAGAAUUAUUUAUUUAUUUAUGCCAUUAUUAUUACGUGUAUCAUUCCAUAUUUGCUUCAUAUUAUCUCAAAUUCAUUAAAAGUAUACAACAAAUUGAAUAUAUUUAUUAAAUCCAAAUAAAAAUGUAUGUUAUUUAAACAAA